AAUUUCAGCAGAGCUUGUUGUACUGAACCUGCCCAGUGUCAGUGAUGGCAAGGCUCCCAAGUGCUGCACCGCAUCCCCUCUGGAUCCUUUUCUUUUCAUAUACAACAAAUGAAGUUGUGGCUGCAGGACGUGUGCAGGAAUUUGCAUGCUUCACUGACUAUGACAAAGAGCUGGUUUGUCACUGGAAGGUGUCUGCACAAACAAAUUGCUCCAAAGAAUUCCUGCUCUACUACAGGAAGGAAUUUUUUUUCUUGCCAAAUCACGUGUGUGUCCCUGAGAAUGGAAAAGACAGCUUAAGGUGCACUUGCACAAUACGUCCGGAUUAUUUUGUGUCAGGCCUCACAUAUAUUCUAGCUCUACAGUUCAAUGGGACUGAAAUGUGGAAUUACAGUGUUACACCAGCCCUGGUUGUUAAGCCAAGGGCCCCCAAAAAUCUUGCCAUUGGGAAAGCUGAGAAUGGUAAUUUCAACCUGAGCUGGGAGGACAGCUACUCUCCCCCAUCUAUGCUCUCUGGACAGCCGGUCAUCUAUGAAGUGAAGUACUGGAGGAAGCAGCACCCAACAGAGGUUUCUGUAAAAGCGAUUAACUACCAGGCAAAUAGCUUUGAAAUUACUGCAAGCUCCUUGAGGAGAGGCUAUGAUUACGUUGCGAGUGUCAGGUGUAAUUAUACAGACUACCCAGCCUACUGGAGUGAGUGGAGUGAAGGAGUUGAGUUUCACUAUGGUUACCAUGUGACAGCUGAGGACAUUCUGCAGAUGGUUGUGCCUGUAUCCUGCAUACUGAUCAUGGCAGUAUCAGUGAUUUGUUACUUCUGUUUUACCAAAGCGAAGAAGGAAUGGUGGGAUCAAAUCCCAAAUCCAGCAAAGAGCCAUUUGGUCGUAAAAAAUGUCAAGUUUUCAGUUUUGUGCUACAUUGAUGAAAUUAAGUUCCCUUUCCAUGACUUAAAGCAGAGUCAUACGGAAAACCAAAUAAGUUGCAAGAACUGUCUGGCUCAAAGUUUGUCAAGCCAAAACUUCAAGGGAAAACAUAACAUCAGAAAUGCUGAGAAAUCCUGCAGUUGCCGCAGCAAGUCUGGAGAGUGGUUUCCAGAAGGCAGCAGUGCAGUUUUAACCCCUGAGACAAUUCUGGUUGAAGAGUCUAUAGAAAUCUGUGAAUGUAUAACAGACAUUGAGGCUGAGAGCCAGGAAGAGACUAGUGACCAGAUCAGCAUGUUUGAGCCUUGUGAGAGCAGCGUCGGUGCUUUCAGAGAGCACACUGAACACAAUGAUGCCCUCGCUAGCAUGUUUAUUGAGCUCCUGGCAGAUGAAAACAACAUGCAAGACAGUAAAGACCUAGACAUCAUCACAGGACUGCAGUGCAAGUAG